AUGGAUUCCUCCAGUGCCAGUGUUACUAGCCCAGACAUGUUGGAAGAGUCUCCUCACAAUGACGUUCAAGAAGAGGCUUUGACUUCCAAAGAAAUCAUUGAUCAAAGCCAAUCCAAUGAAGGGGUGGAUAAUCAAGAGUCGAGCUUGUCAAAGUCCGUUAGGGCAAUUCCUCCUUCAUGGUCGUCAGGGUCAUUGAAGAAUCCACAUACGACUCCACCUAUGGAUGAGGAAGAGGAGCGUGAGUAUGGCUGCAAGUACUGUAACCAGAAGUUCUCGAACAAGCAAGCUUUAGGCGGACACCAGAACGCACACAAAGUUGAACGCACCAUUAAAAAAAAUAUCCAGGAAUGGCAGAUGGCAAACUCCAGAUACCUGCCUCGUAACAAGUUCACUGGUUCUUCAUUCAACAGAUCUCAGGAAUUUUUCAACAGGGCUACGAUGAACAUGCCAUAUUUUUCUCAACAGCGAAACAAGAAGCAUGGAAUGAUGCGUUAUGCGCAAGCAAAUCGUUUCCUCCCAACGAUUAACGAGGGUUACCCUGGAUGGCCAAGGCCUAUGCCUGGAAAUGUGACCCAGUUUAUGGCACGUCCCAGCUCUUCGUGCCUGGAAAAUCUUCCUACAAGCAUUUGUUUUUCGACUCCAUGGCCUGUUCCCAACAGGAACUUUCUAGGAGAGAGUAGCAAUGUGCAGAUGAAUGGUCGAGAGACUCAGGGUGUUGAAGAUGAUUCCGGCCUCGAUUUAACUCUCAGUCUUUAA